GGCUGCCCGCGCGCCAUGUCGCGCCCGCCGCGCCUGCCCGCCAGCGGGGACGAGGAGUUCGUGCACAUCCGCAGCCUCAUCGCCAACAUCCACCGGCCGCGCAACGUGAGCCGGCCGCCGCUGGGCGACGCGCUCAGCGUGGUGCGCGAGUCGCCCACGUCGUCCGACUCGGAGCGCAGCGCGUCGCUGACGCCCAGCGAGCCCUCGGAGUCCGCGGCGGAGCUGGAGCCGGCGCCCAUGCGCGCCAAGAGCAACAGCAUCGCGGGCUCGACGCUGGCGCCGCCGGGCCCGCAGCGCCGCCGCCGCCGCUCCUUCCUGCAGCUGGCGCUGGGCGAGCCCUGCGCGGCCGGCCCGCUGUCCGCCGGCCCCACGCUCAGCGUGCCGCGGCUCUCCGUCACGGCGCCGCCGGGGGAGCCGCGCCGACACAGCCACCACUUCACCGGUUUCCAUGGUUUCGCUCUCCGUCGACACUCUAACACGAGCCUGCACCGCAGCGAGUCGAUGCUGUCGCUCGCGUGCUUCAAGACUCUGACGCAGCUGGUCGGCAAUGAAGUCACCACCGAGCUGCAGCAGUACCUCACCAACAACAAGAACAUCAAUGUCGACGAUAAGGACGAGAAUGGCACAACGGCACUCAUGUGUGCGUGCGAGGCCGGCAAGGCGGCGGCGGCGCGGCUGCUAUUGGCCGCCGGCGCCGACGCGUGCGCAGCGGACGACGACGGGUGGACGCCAUUGGCGUUCGCGGCGCGCGGCGGCUUCCUGCCAAUCGUGAAGGAGCUGCUCGAUGCCGGCGUGCCUGUUGAUCCUAGGGAUUGUGGAGGCUGGACGCCUCUGAUGUGGGCGUCGUACAAGGGCCACGAGGACAUCGUGGGGACGCUCCUGGACAAGGGCGCCGAUGUGCACGCGCAUGGGAACUAUAAUAUCAACUCGCUAGUCUGGGCAGCAGGCCGCGGCCACAGCGGCGUCGUCAUCCGCUUACUAGCCGGCGGCGCGCGCGCAUCCUCCUGCGACAAGUACGCGACGUCGGCGCUGACGUGGGCGGCGCGCGGCGGCGACGCGGCGUCGUGCGGCGCGCUGCUCCGCGCCGGCGCCGACGUCAACAUCGCCGGCAUGUACUGCUGGACGCCGCUGCUGCAGGCCGCCAGAGGCAACCAUUUUGAAAUAGUGCAGAUGCUUCUGGAACACAAGCCCAAUGUGAACGCGUUAGACAAGGACGGGUAUACGGCGCUCGCCAUCGCCUGCAAAGAGGGCUUUUACGACAUCGCCGCGGUGCUAAUCAACUCUGGUGCUUACAUUAAUAUACAGGAUCAUUCCAAAGACACGCCGUUCAUCCACGCUGUGAAAGGCGGCCACAAGAACAUCGUGGAGGCGCUGCUGAAGAAACACGUGGAUGUCGACCUGCAGGGCAAGGAGAAGAAGACGCCGGUGUACACGGCGGUGGAGAAGGGGCACAUGUCCAUCCUGCGGCUGCUGCUGGCUUCGAAUCCCGACCUGGACCUCACUACGACGACUGGCGACACACCCCUACUUCGCGCGGUGCGAUCCAGGAAUGCAGAAAUGGUGCAACUGCUUCUAGAGAAGAAGGCGCGAGUCACCGCGGCGGACAAGCGAGGGGACACCGUGCUGCACAUCGCCAUCAGAGCUAGGUCUAAGCAAAUAGUAGAAAUCCUGCUACGCAACCCGAAAAACAGCCAUCUACUCUACAAGCCGAACAAGCUCAACGAAACCCCAUACAACAUAGACAUGAGCUACAACAAGUCCAUACUGGGGCAGAUAUUCGGCGCUCACAAGUUGAACACUAAUGAAGAUAAUGAGAAUAUGUUGGGCUAUGAGCUGUACAGUGCGGCGUUGGCCGAUAUGCUGUCUGAACCGAGCUUGUCAGUCCCGAUUACUGUGGGGCUGUAUGCUAGAUGGGGGUCUGGGAAGUCGUUUUUGCUCAAUAAGUUAAAAGAGGAGAUGAAGAACUUCGCCCGCCAGUGGUCCGAGACCGGCUGGGCGUGGUCGUGGGCGGUGUGGUGGGCGGCGUGGCACGGCGCCCUCGCGCUGGGCGCCGCCGCCGCCGCCGCCGGGGCGCCGCCCACCGCGGCCGUCAUAGCCACGGUGGCGCUGUUCGUGUCUAUUUACUUGGCGUUAUACGUGCUGUGCUAUUUGGGGAACAGAUACGAGACGUGGUGGGCGGGCGGCGUGCUGUCGGCGCUGGGUCGCCGGUUCAGUUCCCUGCUUCUGGUGCUACAGGUCGUGUUCUGUCACCCGCCCGGGCCUAAUGACCCGAGGGCGCUGCCGUCUACGCCUAUUCGAUUCCACUUCACAGAAGGCAUGAAGACACACGUGGGUCAAGAAGGCGAGGCGAUGGUGGUGCAGAUGAUGGCGAGCCUGGCCGAGGCUCUGGAGAGCCAGUACGGGCGAGUGUGCACGCGGCUAGCAAGAGCCUUUAGACCCAAGCCCGUCGCGCCCACUGCGGGGUGGAGAUGGCGUCGCGUGUGCUGCGUCCCGCACAUCGUGACGUUCGAGGUGGUGUUCACGUGCGUGCUGGUCGGCCUCUGCGUGCUCAUACUGUACCUCACUGAGACUGAUGCUGAUGAGAACCGGCGCGCGAUCCAGCAAGGCAUCAUGAUCUUCACGUGCGCGCUCAGCGGGGUCAUCAUCAUCGCGAACCUAUACACGUGGGGCGUGGUGCUAGGGGCGCUGCUGUUAGGCCCGCGUGCGAGAUUGAACGCCGCCGCGCGCCGCGGGGCGCCCGCGCUGGCGCUGCGGCCUGAAGUGCAUGCUACUACCAGUGUGGUAUCCUGCCUAGACGCGUUCACGGGCCAACAGACCCGCCUGGUCGUCGUGGUGGACGCACUAGACUCGUGUGAACAGGAGAAGGUGCUCGCGCUACUCAACUCGGUCCACGCGCUGUGUUCCGACCCCGGCAGCCCGUUUAUACUGUUACUGGCCAUCGACCCGCAUAUUAUUAGCAAGGCGGUAGAAGUGAACAGUCGACGAGCAUUCUCCGAGAGCAACAUCGGCGGCUGGGACUACCUGCGCAACAUGGUGCAGCUGCCGUUCUACCUGCAGAACUCCGCUCUACGGCGGGUGAAGGUGGCCCAGCAGACCGCGACGAGACGGAUGCAGGUGUUGGCUAAUAAUGAUGACUUGUCGGCGUCGCUUCAGCGAUCGGUAUCAGCCCGCCGCCUCUCCUCAACCUCCGAGCUCAUGUCUAGCCAGGAGCGCAUCAAACCCACCAAAGAAACCACGCAAUCCGCGCGCACCCGGCGCCUCCGCCCGUGCGAGUCGGCGGCGUCGUCAGUCGCGUCGGGCCUGCACCGCGUCGGCACGGACCCGCCCCGGAUCCUGCUGCAGGAUGACUACUUCAGUGAUGUGAACCCGCGCAGCAUGAGACGGCUUAUGAACGUGCUGUAUGUUACUGGUCGUCUAAUGAAGGCGUUCCAGAUCGACUUCAACUGGUACCAGCUGGCGUCGUGGGUGAACCUCACGGAGCAGUGGCCCUUCCGCACCUCGUGGAUCCUGCACCACCACGACGCGGCUGAAGACCAUAUCGAUGAUAAUACUAGCCUCAAACAUAUUUAUGACAAAGUGAAGCCGCUAAUGAACGGCCUCCGCGAAGCCGGCACUCUCAUGGAACUGGAUCGAGAUGAGCGCAAGCUGGAGGUGUUCCUGAGCCUGCACCGCGCCACGCUCACCGCCGCCGACCUCAAGAUCUUCCUGCCCUUCACCAUCAACCUCGACCCAUACAUCCGGAAGCUCAUUAAAGAAGAACAACAGCAGUCGGGCGCGGAGGAAGACCUGGGCGGCGGCGGCGCGGCCGGGCUGCUGCCGUGGGGCACGCCGCCGCACCAGCGGCAGACACAUUCCAAGCUGCUGCAUAGGAAACAGCGCCACCCGCCCACUACCCCCGGGGCCCUACCCCCGAUGCCAGCACCGGGGGUGCCCCCCAUCUGGGUGGGGUGGACCAGCACGCCACAGGGCUACGUCCCACAGACCGCGCCCCCGCAGUACCCGCCCCCGCCCCCCGCGCACCCGAAUAGGAACCCGUAUUUGACGCUGAAAGCUGCGUUUCCUAAUUUGUCAGACAUCUCCAACAUCCGUCUCUCCACUCUCUCCGUGGAGAGAGUCUGCUCUUUAGUGAGCUUGGCUCUCGGACCGAGCUCAGCGCGGGCUAGUGAGGCCCUGCAGGCGCAGCGCGUGUGCGGGAUGGUGCUCGCCAACUGCCAGCUGAGUGACCUGAAGCCGCUGCUGGACCUGCCGUUCGGCGACUGGGAGCUGUUCAAGAUGCUGGUCACCAACCUCAAGGAGCUGGAGGCCAACGUGCCCUUCGCCGCGCCCACCGUCGCAGUGAUCCCUGACAAACCUUCAGAAUCGGAACCAGACACCGUCAAAAGACCUUCCAUGGAUCACCAACGAAGCAGGCCGUGCAACGUUGAAAAACAGGUGACACUGGAAGAGCAAAUGAUCUGCGGCGCGCUACAAACCCUCAACGAAGAAGCCAUGGAGGACGUCCUACAGUCUGAGCCCGACGAGCAAGCAGACGAGGGCGCGACGCUGGCGGUGCCGGGGCGUCGGGCGCCCGCGGUCACCUUCAGCGUGGAGCAGGAAGACGGGGACGGGCACAUCACGUUCACGUGCGGCGGGCGGCAGCUGGCCAGCCCCGCGAGUGACGACGAGGCCGCGCCGCUGGUCAGCGAGGCGUCUGACCCGGGCUCCCCGCGCGCUGACCUCGACCUGCUGCCGGCCGGCUGGGGCCCGCGCGGUACGGACCAGCCGCUGCGCCAUCUCGCCCCGCCUUCAGACGGAAGACUCUGGCGACAGGACGCUCUGGACGCGCCGCCCUGGCCCUGGGACGAGCCCGACUCCGCUGUCUGAGCGAUGAGUGAGACAUCAGGGUUCAUUCUCGAAGCUCCGAAGCGCAGGCCUCAAGGCCGGGAUAACUAUAAUCAUGUCGUACGCUCGGUGACGUAGGUUGUAAGAGAACGGUGCAAGUUAUUGACUGUACUUACCUAGUUGAUAGUUUAGUGUUUAGCGUCACAAAUGAAGACAAAAACAUUGCAUUUAUGUGAAUGUAAUGUGUGCCCAGGAUUGUGAUAUUAUUCUAUGCUCUUGACAGAAAGGAUAUGAAUAAAUUAAGUUUAGA